AUGGCUCAAUUGCAAUGGCAAACGACUUUGGCACCUCUGCCAGCUACUGAACGUAACUUCUCGACCAAAAUCUCGUACGACAAACGAUCGAGAUGUAUUGCAUAUGGUUGCGGAAAGUCAGCGUUCGUGAGAUGGCUAGAUUCGGAUUUCCAAGUUCAAUUCAAAGGCCAUGGUACAGCUAAAGUCAACGUCGUGCGUUUUCAGCCUCUUCCUGGCUCCAAUUACAUGUGUUCAGGCGACGAGCAGGGCCGUGUGAUCGUGUGGGAAUGGUUUCGCAAUGCAGACCUUCUUGACGGAGACUCGAGCUCAGAACCUGCCACAGCGGUGAAGAGUGAGUUCCAAGUGUUAUCGGGGCCUGUAACUGAUAUCAGCUGGGAUAUGGACGGUCGCAGACUAUGUGUAGUCGGCGAGGGAAGAGACAAAUUUGGGGCCUUCAUCUCCUGGGACACGGGCAAUUCUUUGGGCGAGCUUAGCGGACCUUCCAAACGCGUCAACGCGUGUCACAUUAAGCUCAGCAGACCCAUGAGGUGUUUCACUGCCGGCGAUGACGGCGCAUGUGUGUUUUUCGAAGGCCCCCCCUUCAGGUUUGCAGCAAGCGACCGGACUCACCACGAUCAGGGGAAAUUUAUCCGUGACGUUAAGUUCUCGCCAGGUGCAGGAACGUAUGCUGUCUCCAUUGGCAGUGACCGGAAGAUUGUAUGCUUUGACGGUCGCACGGGAGAAUUUAUCAAGUAUGUCGAGGAUCCAAAUGAAGUCAUUGAAGGAGGCUUUUUCGCCCUCGACUGGUUCGACGAGGGUCCCGAGUCUCGCAAAUUUGUCACUGCUAGUGCAGAUGCAACAGUUCGAGUGUGGGAUGUCGAGUCGUGCAAGUGUGUUUACAAGUGGACCAUGGAGCGCACUCUCUCGAACCAACAGGUUGGUGUUGCAGUGAUUGACGAAGACCAGGUUCUGUCCUUGUCCUUGAAUGGUUCUUUGAACAUCUUGAAGAUAGGUGAAAACUCUCCGGUAAAAGUAAUCGCUGGCCACAAUAAAGCCAUUACGUCUUUGGUUACCGCACCACUUGUUUCUGGAUCUUAUGACGGUAGAACGGUAACAUGGGGCACCAACGGAUCUCAAACAGCAACUAUGAACAAUGAGCACGAAAACGUUAUUGUUGCUAUACAAAACCAUAAAGACAUCACAACUACAUCAUGGGACAGCACUAUGAGAGCUACUGGCAAGGUAUUGCACACUUUCGAGUCUCAGCCAAAAGCGGCUUCGACUUAUGACACGUCAGAGGCCGUUGUAUCGAUUGAUAAUGACCUCGAAAUUAUCAACUGCGAAACCGGCAAAAUCGUUGCAUCCAAAAAACUGUCAUCAACUGUCUCUGCUGUCAAUUUGGGACCGACAUACGUUGCAAUCGGGUACGAGCAGUUGAAUACCAUUGAGGUCUUUCAUGUAUCCGAUCUUUCUGUGAGUUUCACAAUUCCAACAGCCAUGAGGGCCACUCCCUCAUGCUUAGCACUCUCGCCAUCUGAGAAAUUCUUAGCAGCUGGUGAUGUGAUGGGCAAAAUCUUACUGUUUGACCUAGAGACAAAAAGUGUCAAAACAUCAAGAUGGUCAUUCCAUACAGGCAAGAUUACGAGCAUGGCAUGGAAGCCAACAGAGGCCGGAAGCGAAGAAGAUCUCAUCGCUACUGCGUCCCUAGAUACUCAUUUGAUGGUUUACUCGAUCAAGAGGCCGAUGAAAACGGUCAAACAAUUGAACGCUCACAAAGACGGUGUAAAUAUCGUCGCAUGGGAUGGAAGCUCCACUCUAUUUACUGCGGGAGCGGACUCAUGCAUUAAAAAAUGGAACCUUGCACUCGAAUGA